UUAGAGAGAAGGUAUCACAGCGAAGGGUAUCACAAAACAGUGACCGCAGCUGCCACGCGCUGAGGAGUUCUAGCCACACCUAUAUCGACCACUGCGCAAUGGUGAGGAGAACUUCGGUCCCUCGAUCCACCAUGGCAUCCUCGCCCGACCAUGGCCGACGCGAAGAUUUAGAGGCUGGGGAGGUCGAUAUUCUGCUUGAGGAGAGUGCAUCGACAACACCAGUUCAUACUGUAGACCUACUCGUUCAAUCUAUUCUAUGACCCGAGAUGAAAUAACAAAAGGAAUCGCGAAUAGAUUCGUACACUCGAGGACAUAUAUUGUCCUAUACCUUGUCAUGGCUGCGCUAUCUGUGACGACAGUCGUUCUAAGCUUGGUCAAUGGCUGCCCAACACUUGCUUUCUACAUCCUCGAGUUUAUCAUCAAUGGCGCGAUGAUUCUUGAAGUCUCAAUACGUUUUGUUGCAUUUGGCCGACAAUUUUGGAAGUCACCAUUCAAUAUCCUCGAUCUCAUCCUGACGGUAUUCUGCGCCGUUACAUUACUUGUUAUUCUGUUCGCUGGUUGUGGUAAUACGAGUAAGGAAGAAGAGCUGCUAGACACCUUACUCCUAGUCGCUCGUAACGUGCUUCAGUUUGGCAGGUUGGCGGCAGUCAUGCGACAAUCUGGGCAGUCAAUAUUUUCAAGACCGAAACCAAUAGACCUUUCAGCUCCUCGAAGACGAACAUAUAAUCUCGACAUUGACAUGGAGGGCGAAGAAGAAGCCGAUGAACUUGGGCGACCUCUCAUGCAUGAUCAAAUUGUCUUCGACGCUGCUGAAGAGCAAAGGAGAGCCCGGGCACCCAUGUCGGAUAUGCCGCGAGCCGCUCAGGCUAUCCAAGAACGAGACACGGAAGACGUUUGGGCUGAGUUGGGAUGAUACGGUUUGGAAUAUUUUAUUCGUUGACCGUCUAGACUACGUUAUGGUCUUCUAUUCUAUUCGCUUUGACUGAAACGUUCAUCCAUUCAUGGUAGUGAUUGUCGCUGAGUGCUUUACCAGUACAGCUUGAAUAUUGUCCCGCGCCCGCCCCUUCAUGUCAUCCUCUUCAUGAAUGGAAUCAUGCUGUGGACCUAAAGAGUUAUACACUCAUUUAAGUUAUUUCAUAUUUCCGUGGUGACCGUGGUCUCCAUUUUCAAGAUUCAUUGAAACAACAUUGAAAGUCAUUGAACUGAG